AUAAACCCUCUCUCCUCCGCGUACUGUUCUUCAACUUGCGUCAGUUGCGUGAGAUCGAGAUCGCCAGAUAUAGAGAGAGAAAGAGAGUAAAAUUGUAGGUCGAUCUUCAACUCGAUUUUCGGUGGCGAUUCGGCCUGAUGUACUCCAAGAGUUCAAGGUAUUCUCGUUCUCCUUCGCCAUAUGAAAGACGGUCAGACCCAAGGGCGGUGUCAAGGUCAAGGUCAAUUUCCAGGAGCCGAUCACGGAGCCGGGACGCAAGUAUUGAGAAUCCUGGAAACAAUCUCUAUGUGACGGGAUUAUCAGCCCGGGUUUCAAAGAGAGACCUUGAGAAGCAUUUCUCAAAUGAGGGAAAGGUGGAGGAUAUUCAUCUUGUGAUUGAUCCAUGGACAAGAGAAACUCGUGGAUUUGGUUUUGUGACGAUGUCAACUGUUGAGGAGGCUGAUCGUUGUGUCAAAUAUCUGGAUCGAUCUGUUCUGGAAGGCCGUGUUAUUACGGUGGAGAGGGCUAAGAGGCGUAGAGGUCGGACACCAACUCCAGGAAGGUAUCUUGGGCUGAGAACAGUAAGCGUUUUCGCUGUUGUAGCGCGACGUCGAUCUCCUAGUUACUCUCCCUACUCUCGGAGCCGUUCUCCUCAAUACUCUUCUGAACGAGAGAGAACCAGAUCACCCUCUCCUUACUAUGGUCGCUACAGACGGGGAAGGUCCUAUUCACGAUCUAGCUCUCCUUACGGCAGGUCACCCAUUAGCAGGCGUGAGCGGUCCGACUCUCCUUACGGGUCCAGGCACCGCCAAUAUUCACCAGAUAACUAUUACUAUCGGAGAAGCCGCCGCCAUCGGCCAGCUUCCCGGAGCAUUUCACCAAGGGUGAGGAGGGGGUCGAGGAGGAACUAUUCGCGCAGUGUCUCACCUAGGCCAAGGAGAAGUAUGAGGAGGAGCUAUUCACCCAGUAUUUCUCCCAGGCGCUCGAGGAGAAGUUACUCUCGUAGCAUUUCUCCUGUCUAUAGGAGGAGCUCAAGGAGGAGGAGUUAUUCUCGUAGCAUUUCUCUUGUCUAUAGGAGGAGCUCAAGGAGGAGUUAUUCUCGUAGUGUUUCUCCCAGUCCAAGGAGGAGAUUGCGGAGGAGUGCAUAUCCUGGGUCUUCACACAGGCAUGGAUACGAUCAGGACGGGUAUUCUUCUAGAAGCUAUUCUAGGAGCCCUAGUAAGAGUCCAUAUUCAAGAUCUGUUUCAAGGUCUGUUACUCCGACGUCUGCCUCACCUUCAUCAUGAGGAUUCGAGUUUCCUAGUUCUUAAUUGUCGGAGCUGUCUUUUAAGAACAUUUGACUGUAGUAGCUUAUUGUUCAUUCAGAUGAACCUAUGUUAUGUUUUUAUGCGGUUCCAAUAUCCUGUAUUCCACCGGGAGGCUCUUCAUUUCA